AAAGACUUAGAGCAAUGUUGCCUUUUUAACGCAUGUGAAUUUUGCUAACAAAAUUUUUUGAAAUUAUAUUAAUAAAUAAUAUAUAAAAAUUUAUAGUGAACUCCAUAAAUAAACGUAUUUAUGCGAAAUUUAUAUUUGCAAAUUGAAAUUGAGUUCGUGAAGUUAUUUUUAGUUGGUACCAAAGGCUUCGUCGCCGGGCAGCAGUAAUACGUGACAGCAGCUGAAAUUCUGUGUAAAAUGCAAAAUAGCCGCAACAGUCUUCCAAUAAUAUUGCAAUAAAACUUUAACAUCUUCCAACAGAAAAUAAAAAAUAAAAAUUUUGACGCCAGUAGACAUAAAACUUAUUUGGAUAAAAUAGGUUUUCUAAAGCAACACACGAGACUACACUGCCAGAUACUCCGCCCGCCAUCACCAUGAAUAACAAGUGCCCAAAAUUGAUUGAUGUAUAUGAUAUAAGCGAUGAUUUGGUAAAGAAAUUAAGUGAUUGGAAAUUAAUUCAUAUUAUAUCCGGAAAAUUUAAUGAACUUAAAGAGAAUUAUUCUAAAGUAAACUUUGUCGAACACGCCCUAAUUGACUUCAAAUAUAUCGAAAAAAUAUUCUUGAAUACUAAACUGCGUGAGGAAAAAUGCAACAAAAAGAGUUCAGAGUUUCGGAUGCUGGGGAAUGAACAAUUUUCGCUUAAGAAUAGACGAUAUUUUCAGGCCUUGGAAUUAUAUAAUAAGAGUAUAUGUUUUUCUGAACCCGAUUCAGAGAACUUGUCGAUCGGUUAUGCCAAUCGUUCCGCAGUGCUAUUCGAAUGGAAACGUUAUCGUGAGUGCUUAACCAAUAUUCAAUUAGCACGUAAAGCUAAUUAUCCAGACAGAUUAAUGCAUAAAUUGGAUAAACGUGAAAAGGAUUGUAGACAGCUAUUAGCCACGCAACCGCCUGAUAUUCAACCUUAUGAUUUUCAGAUGCCUUUCGAUCCACAUCCACAAGUACCCAAUAUAGCAGAUUGUCUCGAACUACGUCAUACUGAUGAAGAAGGACGUUUCUUAUAUACUAAUCGUGAUCUAGUCGUUGGUGACCUUAUAGCCACUGAAGAACCAUUUUGUUCUACACUGUUGCCACCAAUGCGUUAUAUACGCUGUGCCACUUGCAAGCAAGAAAACUAUCUUACGCUCAUACCUUGUGACAGCUGUUGUUCAGUAAUGUUCUGCUCGGAGGAAUGUCGCGAUCGAGCCACUGCGACUUUUCAUAAAUAUGAAUGUCCUAUUAUUGAUCUGUUAUAUAAGAUGUUUAAUAAAAUACAUGGCAUCGCUUUGCGAGUAUGUCUUACAGCAAUAGAACUGUUUCCUACUAUAGAAGAGUUGAUUUCAUUUUGUGAUGAUCCUGAAAAUCAAAACAAAUCAGCUUUUGACUUAGAUUAUACGAAUUUUACACCACGAGAGCAUUAUCGUGCUAUACACGGUCUUGUAACAAAUCAGCAUUUACGUUCAGUAUCAGAUUUAUUUCAACGAUCUGUAGUUUGUGCCGUACUGAAACAUUUUAUAAUUGAGUAUACACCACUUAAGGAGUUUCUUGGCGGUGAUGAAGGACAAAACUUUUUUACAGAAUUAUUAUUUCGACAUCUUCAGACAUCUCCAUCAAAUAUGCACGGUAUAGAUCUCGUAGAACAAGUUAACGAAACAAAAGAUGAUCAAACUCAUUCAUCUGGUGCAUUCGCACUUUUAUCACUACUUAAUCACUCAUGCGCACCAAAUACACUAAGAGUUUAUAAUGGAACUAAAGCUUAUUUAUUAGUUUUUCGCCCUAUACCCGCUGGCGGAGUGCUUUAUGAUACUUAUGGACCACAUUUUGCAAUAUUUUCUAAGAAUCAGCGUAUCGAAACCCUAUCCAUGCAAUACCGUUUCACUUGUAAGUGCGAAGCAUGUGAAAACGAUUAUCCCAAUUAUCGAAGCCUCAAACCUAAAUCGAUGGUACCUUAUAUUAAUAACGAGACAGAUAUGAAAAGUCUAGUUGCUUAUAAUUAUGACUUUGCUUUGGAGAAUUAUCGUAAAUACUGCGAAUUCCUAACAACACAUGCAAAGGCUUAUCCUUGCGAUCAAAUCAGUUCCGCAGAAGAAUGCCUUAAAAUGGCACUUAACAUCUUAGUAGAUGCUGUACCGCUUAAAGCAAAAAUGUAAUCUACACCACAUACACACAAACAAACACACACACACAUACACAUUUUGCAAUAAACAAUAUUGUUGCCAUAGAGAGAGACGUAAAAGUUAUAAACAUUUUUAUGUUUUAUAGCACAUUUUCGCAAAAAUAUCAAAAGGAAACUGUUAAACAAACUGAUAGAUAUUGGGUUGUUCAAUGAUAAAAAAAAAUUAUAUU